UUCUUACCCUAUCAACAUUUGCUUUUCAGCUAGUUAGUUCUUUAAAGCGAAAUCAUGGAUUCUGCGAAUGGCAGUACUUCUGAGGAAGUUUGCUCUCAGACUUUGGAGGAGCUUGCAGAAUUUCCAUUUUUUGAGACGGAUAUUAAAGAACUGUUUGAAGUUCACGACCAAGUAAGUGGACAAAGAAGUCACAAGACGCAACCUCCAAAGCAGAAAAGAAAACGAACACAUGAAAUGGGAGGAAAAAGCCUUCCAGCAGGGGAAGGAAGAAGAAAGCCACCAAAUUAUUUUGUCUCAAUACCUGUGACAAAUCCAAAGAUUUUGGACAAAAUUGAAGAUAUUCAGGAGCUAGUGGUGACCAAAGAACCCAAGUUGCUUCCUGCUGUUGUUCCUGUUGGAAGGAUGCAUUUGACCAUUAUUGUUGCUCACUUAAAUACACCAGCUGAAGUAGAAAAAGCUGUGACAGCACUACAGCAGUGCAAAAGCAAAGUGGAUUCCAUCCUGGAGGGAAAACCUCUAACUCUACUAUUCAAAGGAAUAGGGCAAUUUAAUGAUCAAAUUCUGUUUGCAAAAUUGUCAGAAGAAAUGAACAAUAAAGUAAUAUCCACACUUGGAGCAGUGGCAGAAUCUGUUGAAAUACUAUUUCGUGAAUUGGGUGUGAAUAUUGAAGGUAGCAAAGCGUUCAAGCCCCAUGCAACCUUUCUGAAGCUCUCCAAAGCACCUAUCCUUCGUCGCAAGGGCUUGCGAAAAAUCUGCCAGAGCUCUACAAGGAAUAUGAAAAUACUGUUCUUUGGCACAGAAGUUUUUACACGUAUUGAUCUGUGCUCAAUGCACAAGAAAAAUCAGCCCUCUGGCUAUUACCAUUGCGAGACCUCAAUAAAUGUAGGACUGAACAGCACACCACUUUCUUCCAACUUCCUUUUAGGGAAUUCAGAAGUUGCUAAUACUCUUGAGCCACCUCCAAUAUCUCCAGAAAAGUCAGCAAACAGGUGGAGUUGGAAAAGCCACUGA